AUGAACUUGGAGCGCGAGUUUCGCAAGCUGAGCAAGGCCAAGGCCAAGGCCCAGAGGAGCGGGCAGCUGCGGGACGAGGCCGUCCUCUGCCACCAGCUGGGGGAGCUCCUGGCCAGCCAUGGUCGCUACGCAGAGGCCCUGCGAGAGCACCAGCAUGAGCUCCAGCUCCUGGAGAGCGUCGACGACCCCCUGGGCUGUGCCGUGGCCCACCGCAAGGUCGGAGAGCGACUGGCUGAGCUGGAGGAUUACUCAGCUGCCCUGAAGCACCAGCAUCGCUACUUGGAGCUGGCCCAUUCUCUGUCCAAUCACACUGAGGUGCAGAGGGCCUGGGCCACCAUUGGCCGCACCUACCUGGACAUCUAUGACCACUGCCAGUCACAGGACACCUUGCUGCAGGCGCAGGCUGCCUUUGAGAAGAGCUUGGCUAUUGUGGACGAGAAGCUGCAGGGGACAUUGGCCAGGCGGGAACUGAGCGAGAUGAGGACCCGACUCUACCUCAACCUGGGCCUCACUUUCGAAAGCCUGCGGCAGAUGGCGCCGUGCAACGACUACUUCCGGAAGAGCAUCUUCCUCGCCGAGCAGAACCACCUCUACGAGGACCUGUUCCGUGCCCGCUACAACCUGGGUGCCAUCCACUGGCGCCGAGGGCAGCACUCCCAAGCCAUGCGCUGCCUGGAGGGGGCCCGAGAGUGUGCACGCGUCCUGCGGAAGGAGCUGAUGGAGAGCGAGUGCUGCGUGCUCAUCUCACAGAUCCUCCAAGACCUGGGCGAUUUUUUGGCUGCCAAAAGAGCCCUGAAGAAAGCCUACCGGCUGGGCUUCCAGAAGCCUUUGCAGAAGGCGGCAGUCUGCCGGACCCUGAAAUACGUGCUGGCCGUGGUCCAGCUGCAGGAGCAGCUGCAGGAGUCUGAGGGCAGUGACCCUCAGGUUGCCAUGGGCAUCUGUGAGCAGCUGGGGGACCUGUUCUCCAAGGCAGGCGACUUCCCCAAGGCGGCUGAGGCCUACCAGAAGCAGCUGCAUUUUGCAGAGCUGCUGGGCCGGCCAGGGCCCGAGCUGGCCAUCAUCCACGUGUCCCUGGCCACCACCUGGGGAGACAUGAAGGACCACCGCCGGGCUGUGUCCCACUAUGAACAGGAGCUGAGGCUGCGUGGUGGUGACGCUCUGGAGGAGGCCAAGACCUGGUUAAACAUCGCCCUGUCCCGGGAGGAGGCCGGUGACGCCUACGAGCUCCUGGCCCCCUGCUUCCAGAAGGCGCUCAGCUGUGCCCAGCAGGCCCAGCGGCCCCAGCUGCAGAGGCAGGUCUUACAGCACCUCCACACCGUGCAGCUAAGGCUGCAGCCCCAGGAGGCUCCUGACACCGCGGCCCGACUGCAGGAGCUGAGUGUUCCCAGAGACCAGGAGGAGGGCGAUGAGGAAGAGAAGGAGGGUGACGGGGACACUCCAGAGGCCAGCGACGUGGAGCUCUCAGAGAGUGAGGGUGAUUCUGAGGGCUGGUCCCAGCAGCUGGAGGAGGAUGAGGAGCUGCGGGGCUGCCUAGGCCAGCAGAGGGUGAGCAAGUGGAACCGGCGCAAUGACGUCGGGGAGACCCUGCUGCACCGAGCUUGCAUCGAGGGUCGUCUGGGUCGUGUCCGGGACCUCGUAAGACAGGGCCAUCCUCUGAACCCUCGGGACUACUGUGGCUGGACGCCUCUGCACGAGGCCUGCAACUAUGGGCAUUUGGACAUUGUGCGCUUCCUGCUGGACCAUGGGGCUGCUGUCGAUGACCCAGGCGGCCAGGGCUGUGAGGGCAUCACUCCCCUGCACGACGCCCUCCACUGCGGUCACUUUGAGGUAGCUGAACUGCUCAUUGAACGGGGAGCAUCCGUCACGCUCCGGACCGUGAAGGGGCACAGCCCGCUGGAGACGCUGCAGCAGUGGGUGAAGCUGUAUGGCAAGGAUCUGGACAGCGAGACCCGAGAGAAGGCUGGCGCCAUGGAGAGGCUGCUCAGGGCGGCCUCCUCAGGCCAAGCCCCCCACAGCUCCCUGGCCUCCCACACCCUUCCACGCCACCAUCUGUUCGACCCUGAGAUCUCUCCUCCCUCGAGCCCCUGCCCAGGACCCCCAGAGACCUCUCAGGCCCGUGCUGGCGUCUCCUCAGGGCAGGCGGUUCUGGCUGUGGCCAGGCCUCGGAGGACCAGGCACAAGCUGGCCAGCAGCAGCAGCUCAGAGGGUGAGGACUACCCGGGCCCCCCCCGGCCCGCCCACAAGAGGCCCCGGCAUUGUGUCCCGGCACAACAGGCCAAAGCCGGGGUCCCUGGCUCCACAAGCAACAGGGAGGCAGCGGCAGCGAGUGCUGCCCGGGCGGCCAUCCGAGGUGUGGGUGGGGCCCAGAUCAGCCACCCUGGGCCCGGCCUGCCCUGGGGCUCAGGUGAGCCCACCCCGCACCGGGCGGCGCUUAUCCCUGAGGAGGAGUGUCUGGUUGGGGACUGGCUGGAGGACGACUCCCCAUUGACCCACAGCCGCCAGGAUGGCUAUCUGCCCCACCCCCAGGGCAGUGGGGACAGCACCGUUCACAGUGGCUCAGGGUCAGGCAGCAGCAGGAGCCCCGGGCGGCUCUGGGCCCGGACCAGGCAGAGCCGGCUGCCCCAUCUCAGGAGUUGGAAUGCACCGGGCAGGGCAGGGGGAGACGGCAGCUCAGCCGCAGACCCUCCAAGGAGCCCUGACAUCUCCAGGGCCUCGGGGCCCAGUGGGGACAGCCCAGCGGCAGGCCAGCCCUCGGCUCCGUCUUUGCCCCCUCCCAUCCGGGUGCGAGUGCGAGUGCAGGAUAGCCUCUUCCUCAUCCCCGUCCCACACAGCAGGGAGACCCACUCUGUGGCCUGGCUAGCUGAGCAGGCUGCCGAGCGCUACUGUCAGGCCUGUGGGCUGCUGCCGAGGCUCGUCUUGCGAAAGGAGGGGGCCUUGCUGGCCCCACAGGACCCCAUUCCCGAUGUGCUGCAGAGCAACGAGGAGGUGUUGGCUGAAGUCACUUCGUGGGACCUCCCCCCACUGACUGACCGCUACCGCAGGGCCUGCCAGAGCCUGGAGCAAGAGGAGCACCAGGAGGUGCUGCAGGCCAUGGACUGCCAGGGCUCCGGCCCCUCGUUCAGUGCCUGCUCCCUGGCCCUGCGCCAGACCCAGCUCACCCCACUGUUGCGGGCCCUCAAGCUGCACACAGCGCUCCGGGAGCUGCACCUGGCAGGGAACCGGCUGGGGGAUGGAUGUGCUGCUGAGCUGCUGGCCGCCCUGGGCACCAUGCCCAGCCUGAUCCUCCUAGAUCUCUCUUCUAAUCACUUGGGCCCCGAAGGCCUACGCCAGCUUGCCACAGGCCUCCAGGGGCAGACCACCUUGCAGAACUUGCAGGAGCUGGACUUAAGCAUGAACCCCCUCGGGGAUGGCUGUGGCCAGGCCCUGGCAUUCAUCCUGCAGGCCUGCCCCUCACUCAGUACCUUGCAUCUCCAAGCCUGUGGCUUUGGCCCCAGCUUCUUCCUGAGCCACCAGGCAGCCCUAGGUACUGCCUUCCAAGAUGCCAGGCACCUGAAGACACUGUCGCUGUCCUACAACAGCCUGGGUUCCACUGCCCUGGCCCACGCCCUACAGAACCUGCCUGCGCGCACCCUCCAGCGCCUGGAGCUUAGCUCCGUGGCAGCCAGCAAGAGUGACUUGGGCCUCAUGGAGCCUGUGGUCAGAUACCUGACCAAGGAAGGCUGUGUACUAGCUCACUUGAGCCUGUCUGCAAACCACCUGUGUGACAAGGCAGUGAGAGACCUGAGCAGAUGUCUUCCUUGUUGCCCCUCACUCACUUCACUGGACCUGUCUGCCAACCCUGAGAUUAGUGGUGUUGGCCUGGAGGAGCUUCUGUCUGCCCUCCAGAUGCGGCCCCAAGGCCUCCUCAGCUUCCUUGGCCUGUCAGGCUGCGCCGUGCAGGGCCCCCUGCGCCCGGGCCUCUGGGACAAGAUCGCGGCACACGUGCAGGAGCUCCAGCUGUGCAGCAGGCGCCUCUCCCCCGAGGACCGGGCGGCCCUGCGCCGGCUGCUGCCCGGCCAGCCGGGCCCCGGCGCCCACACCCUGGACCGAGGGCCCAAGCUCUUCUUCAGGCGCCUGUGA